AUAAAGAAGAAUUAAUAAAAGUUCAAACCUAUAUUAAUUCAACAAAUUCCCAAAACGUUAAUAUUUAUGAAAUCCUUAAUUUUUUGGACCAAGAUGAAUUGAUAAAAGUACAAAAUUAUAUUGAUUUAAUCAACCCCAAACGACAAACAGCAGCCAAAUGCAUUAAAGAAAUAAUAGCUUUCUUUACUGGUGAACCGCCUGAUUAUUCGCUUUCAACAAAAACUCUUUCGCGGUGGAAUAAAGAAGUUUUUAGGAUAUCACUUUAUCAAAAUCGACUAGGAGAGUCUUUUUCUUCUUCUUUUUCAUAUGGUAUAAUGGUCGACGAAAGUACUAGGGGAGAUAAAAAGGCAGAAGAAAAGCUUGGUGAGAGCGUUGCUAAAGCUAUUUUGCAAGA